UGGAAGGACGCUGAUUGGCUGGAAGCGAUUCAACAUACGCCAGGCAAGAGCUUUGUCUGAGUUGAAGUGAAGUUGUACAGAUUUUAGACUGGAGUCAGCAAUCACUGGUGUUUAGUCUGCAGCCGAACAGAGAAAGGGAGAAAAAACCGCUCGGGAAAGCUACACUGCAGACUCCACGGGCACCUUGCAAGAGAUGGAUUCCAACUACACAAGAGGGAAAACGCGGAGGUGACACUCUUCUGACUGGAAAGAGGACGAACAGGCAAACAAAUGCAAGGAUUGGACUCCAUGCCGAUAAUAUCUGGAAAUCGAGACACGGUGUGUAUAAAACAAAAGUUUGCGAGCUGUUAAUUACUGUGCUGUGUUAUUAAGAGGCUCUUUCAAGUUUCAAGUACCAAAUGUAGCUAGCUUUAAGUUGCCAAAGGAAGUUGAGAGGAUUGCUUUGCUGUUUUAAUUUGCUCUGUGAGGGGAAUCUCAUAAACUGACCGAUGCACCAAAUGAAUACUAAAAUGCACUUUAGAUUUAUUUUUGCACUCUUGAUGGUAUGUUUCAACCACGAUGUACUGAGCAAGAAUUUGAAAUACAGGAUUUAUGAGGAACAGAGGGUUGGAUCAGUAAUUGCAAGACUAUCAGAGGAUGUGGCUGAUGUUUUAUUUAAGCUACCUAAUCCUUCUGCUGUUCGUUUUCGAGCCAUGCAAAGGGGAAAUUCUCCUCUCCUCGUAGUCAAUGAAGAUAAUGGGGAAAUCAGCAUAGGGGCUAAAAUUGACCGGGAACAACUAUGCCAGAAAAACUUGAACUGUUCCAUAGAGUUUGAUGUGAUCACUCUACCCACUGAGCAUCUGCAGCUUUUCCAUAUUGAAGUUGAAGUGCUGGAUAUUAAUGACAAUUCUCCUCAGUUUUCAAGAUCUCUCAUACCUAUUGAGAUAUCUGAGAGUGCAGCGAUUGGGACUCGUAUUCCUCUGGAUAGUGCAUUUGAUCCAGAUGUUGGGGAAAAUUCCCUCCACACAUACUCCCUCUCUGCCAAUGAUUUUUUUAAUAUCGAGGUGCGGACCAGGACUGAUGGAGCCAAGUAUGCAGAACUCAUAGUGGUCAGAGAGCUAGAUCGGGAGCUGAAAUCAAGCUAUGAGCUUCAGCUCACUGCCUCAGACAUGGGGGUGCCUCAGAGGUCUGGCUCAUCCAUACUAAAAAUAAGCAUUUCAGACUCCAAUGACAACAGCCCUGCUUUUGAGCAGCAGUCUUACAUAUUACAACUCUUAGAAAACUCCCCAGUUGGCACUUUGCUUCUUGAUCUGAAUGCCACUGAUCCAGAUGAGGGCGCUAAUGGGAAAAUUGUAUAUUCCUUCAGCAGUCAUGUAUCUCCCAAAAUUAUAGAGACUUUUAAAAUUGAUUCAGAAAGAGGCCAUUUGACUCUUUUCAAGCAAGUGGAUUAUGAAAUCACCAAAUCUUAUGAGAUUGAUGUUCAGGCUCAAGAUUUGGGCCCGAAUUCAAUCCCGGCUCAUUGCAAAAUUAUAAUUAAGGUUGUGGAUGUUAAUGACAAUAAACCUGAAAUUAACAUAAAUCUGAUGUCUCCUGGAAAAGAAGAAAUAUCUUAUAUUUUUGAAGGGGAUCCUAUUGACACAUUUGUUGCUUUGGUCAGGGUUCAGGACAAAGAUUCUGGGCUGAAUGGAGAAAUAGUUUGUAAGCUUCAUGGACAUGGUCACUUUAAACUUCAGAAGACUUAUGAGAACAAUUAUUUAAUCUUGACUAAUGCUACACUGGAUAGAGAAAAGAGAUCUGAAUACAGUUUGACUGUCAUAGCCGAGGACAAGGGGACACCAAGUCUCUCUACAGUAAAACAUUUUACUGUUCAAAUCAACGAUAUAAACGACAAUCCACCCCACUUCCAGAGAAGCCGAUAUGAAUUUGUAAUCUCAGAGAAUAACUCGCCAGGGGCAUAUAUCACCACUGUUACAGCCACAGAUCCUGAUUUAGGAGAAAAUGGGCAUGUUACAUAUACCAUUUUGGAGAGUUUCAUCCUGGGAAAUUCCAUAACCACAUAUGUAACCAUUGACCCAUCGAAUGGAGCCAUCUAUGCCCUCAGAAUCUUUGAUCAUGAAGAAGUGAAUCAGAUCACUUUUGUGGUUGAAGCAAGAGAUGGAGGGAGUCCAAAGCAACUUGUAAGCAAUACCACAGUUGUGCUUACCAUCAUUGAUGAAAAUGACAAUGUCCCUGUGGUUAUAGGGCCUGCUCUGCGCAAUAAUACCGCAGAAAUCGCCAUCCCCAAAGGGGUUGAAAGUGGCUUUCAUGUUACAAGAAUAAGGGCAAUUGACAGAGACUCGGGCGUGAAUGCUGAACUCAGCUGCUCCAUAGUAGCAGGUAACGAGGAGAAUAUCUUCGUAAUUGAUCCACGAUCAUGUGACAUCCAUACCAACGUGAGCAUGGACUCUGUUCCCUACACAGAAUGGGAGCUCUCAGUUAUCAUUCAGGACAAAGGCAAUCCUCAGCUGCAUACCAAAGUCCUUCUGAAGUGCAUGAUCUUUGAAUAUGCAGAGUCUGUGACAAGUACAGCAAUGACCUCAGUAAGCCAGGCAUCUUUGGAUGUCUCCAUGAUUAUAAUUAUUUCCUUGGGAGCAAUCUGUGCAGUAUUGCUGGUUAUUAUGGUGCUGUUUGCAACCAGGUGUAACCGAGAAAAGAAAGACACUAGAUCUUACAACUGCAGGGUAGCAGAAUCAACUUAUCAGCACCACCCAAAAAGGCCAUCCAGGCAGAUUCACAAAGGGGACAUUACAUUAGUGCCUACAGUAAAUGGCACACUGCCUAUCAGAUCUCAUCACAGAUCAUCUCCAUCUUCAUCUCCUACCCUAGAAAGAGGGCAAAUGGGCAGCCGGCAGAGUCACAACAGCCACCAGUCCCUCAACAGUUUGGUGACAAUCUCAUCGAACCACGUGCCAGAGAAUUUCUCAUUAGAACUCACCCAUGCGACCCCUGCUGUUGAGCAGGUCUCCCAGCUUCUUUCAAUGCUUCACCAGGGGCAGUAUCAGCCGAGGCCAAGUUUCCGAGGAAAUAAAUAUUCCAGGAGCUACAGGUAUGCCCUUCAAGACAUGGACAAAUUUAGCUUGAAAGACAGUGGCCGUGGUGACAGUGAAGCAGGAGACAGUGACUAUGAUUUGGGACGAGACUCUCCAAUAGACAGGCUGCUGGGGGAAGGGUUCAGUGACCUGUUCCUUACAGAUGGAAGAAUUCCAGCAGCUAUGAGGCUUUGCACGGAGGAGUGCAGAGUCCUGGGCCACUCCGACCAGUGCUGGAUGCCACCCCUGCCCUCGCCAUCUUCUGAUUACAGGAGUAACAUGUUCAUCCCGGGGGAGGAAUUCCCAACACAACCCCAGCAGCAGCAUCCACAUCAGAGUCUCGAGGAUGACACCCAGCCUUCAGAUUCUGGUGAGAAGAAGAAAAGUUUUUCCACCUUUGGGAAGGACUCCCCAAACGACGAGGACACUGGAGAUACCAGCACAUCUUCUCUGCUUUCAGAAAUGAGCACUGUGUUCCAGCGCCUUUUACCCCCUUCCCUGGACACCUACUCUGAGUGCAGUGAGGUGGACAGAUCCAACUCACUAGAACGCCGGAAGGGGCCCUUGCCAGCCAAAACUGUGGGCUACCCACAAGGAGUGGCAGCCUGGGCAGCCAGUACACAUUUUCAAAAUCCAACCACCAACUCUGGGCCCCCACUUGGAACUCACUCCAGUGUACAGCCUUCUUCAAAAUGGCUGCCGGCCAUGGAGGAAAUCCCUGAAAAUUACGAGGAAGAUGAUUUUGACAAUGUGCUCAACCACCUCAAUGAUGGGAAGCAUGAACUCAUGGAUGCCAGUGAGCUAGUGGCUGAGAUUAACAAACUGCUUCAAGAUGUCCGCCAGAGCUAGGAGAUUUUAGUGAAACAUUUUUGUUUCCAUAUAUAUGGAAAUAGGGAACAGAAUAAACCCUGAAAGAACUGGCAUUGCCAAAUAGUUGCAUUUAUCGUAAAUGUGUCUGUGUAUAUUGAAUAUUAAAUACUGUAUUUUCGUAUGUACACGAUGCAAGUGUGAUUAUUUUAAUCUGUAUUUUAAAAAUACAUUUGUACCUUAUAUUUAUGUGUAAUUUAACAGACAAAUUUUAUUUUUUUACUCUCAUGACAAACAUGUCUUUCCUAAUCAUGUAGAAAGUAGCCACUGUUUAAAUCUCAUAUGCUAUUCAACCACAAAGUAUAAACGCACUGCUUAGAUUAGUCAUGUUGGGGAAGUAAAUAUUAGUCUGUAGGAACAACCCCACUAAAGCAUUAUACAAUUCUUAAUUCCAGUAAGUGAUCCAACUUUUUUUAAAAUAAUCUUUUUAAAAAUUAAGCAUCAUUAAAAUUGUUAAACUAUUUUUUUAUUAUUCUUACUGUUUUUUCUCUCUUCUAGCUCUGUUCUACUCUCAUAGGAAAAAUUGACACAUGAAGUGAAAUUUUAUUUCAGGACUCAGAGGUACCUUGAAGAGUAUUUAUGAGAUGAUGUUUUAAAAUACAUUUUUCGCAGACAAUAAUGAAAACAAGUCUAGAGUCGAUGUUUCCUGACUCCUAGUUCCCUGCUAUUCCAGGGCAUUAAACUGGCGUGUUUUUGAGAAUAAUGUCCCCUAAAGUACUCUUGUCUAUUUAUAAUCAAAGUAAACAAUAAAUUUCACUCCAUCCUUGUAAUAUGAGAGGUGCUCAAAGAAAAUGGCAUUUGUUCUUUAAAUGGAUAACAGCAUAUAUUCUAACAGUGUAAAGUAUUAAUGGUUAUGGUGUGUCUCUUCUAAGAUAGCAAAUAUAAUUGGUUUAAUCUGAAACCAUUCUAUCUGAAUCCUCCCCUCUUCUCUCACGAUACGUAAACAUUUUUGUCUUUUUUUGCUGUUACUAUUCACUCUCAGCUUUUGUCUCAAGUGCAUGAUCUCACAUUUUUGUUUUUUAGUAUAAGAACAUUUAUAAAAUCAUAUUUUUACUGCAAUGCUCUUUUAAUUGCUGUGUGAUAAAUGACAAAUUCUUUAUUUAUUGUGUUGUUAUCUCUCCAUGUGGAAUGCCUUGGUAAAGGAGUUUGUUAUUAUGACUGUCAUCAUUUAUGAACUAGCUUCUAUUAAUGUUAUUUCUAUGGAUACACUAUCUUGAUUGUACUCUCCAGAGACUUUUACUGUCAAGGAAAAUAAAAGAAAAAUUAAAGUUAAAGAAUUGUCUGUAAUUCAGAAUCCUACUCCUACAUAUGUGUUCAAAAGCUGUAUAAUCAUACCCUUAAUGAUAGAGUGAUCCAGUUUUGGGUUUCAAAUGAUAGACAGAAAGCAUUCAACAGACUUGGCAAAAAGAAAAACACGAUCGAAAAAAGAAUGACUUUGAGACCUUUGUUGGGUAUGAAAAUAGUAGAUUAUAUUCCAUUCAGAAUAAGAUUUUAAAUGCAUUUGGAGAGUAAAAGAAAAAAGAAUAAGGAAAUUAAUUAAAAAAAAAUAAUUUUCCAAUUUAACAAAUAACAGCAUGCUUUUUCAGAACACUUUUAAGUUCGUAGUUAAAAAAUACACCCUUACAAUGUUUCCAAGAGGUGAAACUAUUAUUCCCCUUGGCUUACUAGUAGGGAAUUCAAAUAUUAAGAAAGUUAAGUAACCUAAAAGUGCCUAAAACUCAGAUAUUUUAAUUCUCCAAUGAGUACCACAUUAAAUAAAAUGUGUUAUCUCUUUCAGAAAGCACAUUUUCGUUUAUGGGAGGGAUUGCAAUUACAAGUGAAAUUUCAGUUUAUUUUUCAGUAGAUAACACACUAAAUGUUAGCCACAUUUAAAUACAUUUUGCUUUUCAACUUCACUUCCUUUUAGUACAUAUUAAGAAAAAGACUUUGAUAACCUUAUUGGUCUUAAUUUAAAGCAGCCACAGUCAUUUAGGAAGCAAAGCUGGAAUCAAUAUUUUGAAUAAUUUUUAGUAAAUAAAAUGCAAUAUUAUAUUCAAC